GGGGGCCGGGGGAGGACCGGAGGGGCCGGGGGGGGCCGUCCCUGCGCGGCUCCUCCCUGCCGCUCCCCGCUCCCGGCGCUGGCUUCGAGUCCGCGCCGCUGCCGCGGGGGAGGCGCCGGGAGCGGAGCGGGGCCGGGCGGCGGCGCGCCUCGCCGGAGCCUCCUCGCCGGGAUGAACGGGACGGCCAACCUCACCCCGGGUGGCCGCGGCCACUAUGGCUCCGCCAUCCCGGUGCCACGCUCCGUGCCCCCAGCAAGCUGCCCGCUGCUGGCCCCCCCGGCCCGACACAGCAGCCCGGGGCCCCCCGCCUCCCACCAAGCCUCGUCCCCGCGGCUGGCCUCUGGCCCCAAAAGCCUUAAACCUAAACCCAGAGCCGCCACCGGCCACGAGCCAGCCGGGGAGCCCAGCCCUGGCAUCUCCCCCCGUGGGGGGCAGAGACCCCCGGUGCCCCCCGGGAAGGGGCUGGAGGUGGGCAAGGGGGUGGCGGGCAGCCUGCGGGGACCCUGGGGGUCGCCGUCCCUUGAGCUGCUCCGUGCGGGGGCCAGGGGGGACCCCUGAGAUGGAGGAUGCCCCCCCCGCCGGCUCGCAGAGCAGGGUGCCCUGUUUUUGGGUCGGGGGCCAUCAGUUUCUCCUCGGCCCCCCCACACAGCCGGCCUGUGACAGGCCACCGUGGCACCCUUCCAGUACCGGCUGCAGGGGGACAGGGAGGAGCAGGCCACGUCCCCGUGUGACACCGACCCCAAACCCGGAGCCUUGACAGCAGCAGCAGCAGCAGCAGCAGCCGGGUUAAAUGGUGGCAGCGCGGGGAUGCUGGGGACAAACCUCAAGAGCCUCCCCGACGUGGAGCUGGGCGACGAGGGGACAGCGGAGCUGCGAGGCUACCGCCGGGGGCCCGACGCUGGCUCCGUGAUGCCCAAACGGGCCAAGGCGGCGGCGACGACGGUGACAACGCCGGCGACGACGCCAACGGCGGGGCCGCGGGGAGCGGAGCUGCGGGUGUUCAAGGCCAGCAGCGCUGAGGGGCGGCUGCCGGGCUCCAACCUGCGCAAGCAGAAGUCCCUCACCAACCUGGCCUUCCUCACCGACGCCGAGAAGAAGCGGCAGCUCUACGAGCCGCGCUGGAGCGACGACAUGGCCAAGGCGGCGGCCACGGUGGCGACGAGUGGCCGUGGUGGCGGUGGUGGUGGUGGUGGCGGUGGUCCCCGUGCCCGUGAGGCGUCCACCAUGUCGCGCAGCCUGUCCCGCUCCGAGCACUCGCUGCUGCCGCCGCGCCCCGCCGGCCCCGCCAAGCCGCCGGCCAGCGGCAAGCCCAGCCGCAUCCCCCGGGGGCCCUACGCGGAGGUGAAGCCCCUCAGCAAGGCCCCCGAGGCGGGUGGAGGCGGUGGUGGUGGUGGAAGCGGUGGUGGUGGUGGUGGAGGUGGCAAGUGCGACGACGAGCUGCUGGGCGGCAAGGGGCCCGCGGCGGCGGGCGCUGAGGAGAAGCCGUACCUGAAGGUGGACCCCGAGCUGGUGGUGACAGUGCUGGGAGACCUGGAGCAGCUCCUCUUCAGCCAGAUGUUGGACCCCGAGUCCCAGAGGAAGAGGACAGUGCAGAAUGUGCUGGACCUUCGGCAGAACCUGGAGGAGACCAUGUCCAGCCUGCGGGGCUCCCAGGUGUCGCACAGCUCCCUGGAGAUGACGUGCUACGACAGCGACGAAGCCAACCCCCGCAGCGUCUCCAGCCUCUCCAACCGCUCCUCGCCGCUCUCCUGGCGCUACGGGCAGUCGAGCCCCCGCCUGCAGGCCGGGGACGCGCCCUCGGUGGGGGGCAGCUGCCGCUCCGAGGGCACCCCCAGCUGGUACAUGCACGGCGAGCGGGCUCACUACUCGCACACCAUGCCCAUGCGCAGCCCCAGCAAGCUGAGCCACAUCUCGCGCCUGGAGCUGGUGGAGGCGCUGGACACGGACGACGUGGAGCUGAAAUCAGGCUACAUGAGCGACAGCGACCUGAUGGGGAAGACCCUGACGGAGGACGACGACAUCACCACGGGCUGGGAUGAAAGCAGCUCCAUCAGCAGCGGCCUCAGCGAUGCCUCUGACAACCUCAGCUCGGAGGAGUUCAACGCCAGCUCCUCGCUCAACUCCCUGCCCUCCACCCCCACGGCCUCGCGCAGGAACUCGGCCAUAGCGCUGCGCACCGACUCAGAGAAGCGCUCGCUGGCGGAGAGCGGGCUGAGCUGGUACGGCGAGGCCGAGGACAAGGCGACCAAGAAGCUGGACUACGACAGCAGCAGCCUCAAGAUGGAGCACGGCUCCUCCAAGUGGCGGCGGGAGCCCUCGGAGAGCUGCGAGGAGGGCUCCAAGGGCGGCGAGCUGAAGAAGCCGGUCAGCCUGGGCACCCCGGGCUCCCUCAAGAAGGGCAAGACCCCUCCAGUGGCAGUGACCUCUCCUAUCACCCACACGGCCCAGAGCACCCUCAAAGUGGCAGGCAAACCUGAGACCAAAGCCACCGACAAGAGCAAGCUGUCCGUGAAGAACACCGGCCUGCAGCGCUCCUCCUCCGACGCCGGCCGCGACCGCAUCGGUGACGCCAAGAAGCCCCCCUCGGGCCUCACGCGCCCCUCGGCCUCCAGCUCCUUCGGCUACAAGAAGCCGGCUCCUGCCACCGGCACCGCCACCGUCAUGCAGGCUGGGGGCUCGGCCACGCUCGGCAAGAUCCAGAAGAGCUCCGGCAUCCCCGUCAAGCCGGUCAGCGGGAGGAAAACGAGCCUGGAUGUCUCCAACGCGGCCGAGCCCGGGUUCCUGGCCCCGGGGGCUCGCUCCAACAUCCAGUACCGCAGCCUGCCCCGGCCGGCCAAGUCCAGCUCCAUGAGCGUGACCGGUGGCCGCGGUGCCACCCGGCCCGUCAGCAGCAGCAUCGAUCCCAGCCUGCUGAGCACCAAGCAGGGCAGCAUCUCGGUGUCGCGGCUCAAGGAGCCGUCCAAGAUCGGCGCCGGCCGCGGCGCGCCGGCCCCCGUCAACCAGACGGACCGGGAGAAGGAGAAGGCCAAGGCCAAGGCGGUAGCGCUGGACUCCGAGUGCGUGACGCUGAAGAGCAUCGGCUCGCCCGAGAGCACCCCAAAAGCCCAGGCCAACCUCCCGCCGGCGGCCAAGGUGGCUGAGCUGCCCCCCACACCUCUCAGAGCUGCUGCCAAGACGUACGUGAAGCCUCCCUCGCUGGCCAACUUGGACAAGGUCAACUCGAACAGCCUGGACUUGCCCUCCUCCAGCGAGCUGCACCCCCCGCACGCUGCCAAGCUCCAGGACCUGCACCCGAGCGGCGGGCACCUGACGCCCUGCUUCAGCCCCAGUCCUGCCCCCAUCCUCAACAUCAACUCGGCCAGCUUCUCCCAGGGCCUGGAGCUCAUGGGCGGCUUCAGCGUCCCCAAGGAGGGCAGGAUGUACCCCAAGCUCUCAGGCCUGCACCGCAGCAUGGAGUCCCUGCAGAUGCCCAUGAGCCUGCCCAGUGCCUUUUCGGGGGGCAGCACCGCCGCCCCCACCCCUGCUGCUGUCCCCACUGCCAGCGCGGAGGAGGAGGAGGAGGAGGAGGCGGGUGAGCUGGGCUGGAGCGGCAGCCCCCGGCUCGCACAUCUGGACAGCUCCAACCGCGACAGGAACACGCUGCCCAAGAAAGGGCUGAGGUACCAGCUCCACUCCCAGGAGGAGGCCAAGGAGCGGCGCCACUCGCACACCAUCGGUGGGCUCCCCGAGUCGGACGACCAGACGGAUCUGCCCUCGCCCCCCGCCCUGCCCAUGGCACUGGUGGGGAAGGGCCCGCUCACCAGCAUCGUGAGCCCCACUGCCGCCACCACCCCGCGGAUCACCCGCUCCAACAGCAUCCCCACCCACGACUCCACCUUUGAGCUGUACAGCACCUCCCAGAUGGGCAGCACCCUCUCCCUGGCAGACAAACCCAAGGGCAUGAUCCGCUCGGGCUCUUUCCGCGACCCUGUGGACGACGUUCACGGAUCGGUGCUGUCCCUGGCCUCCAGCGCCUCCUCCACCUACUCCUCCGCUGAGGAGAAGAUGCAGUCCGAGCAAAUCCGCAAGCUGCGCCGCGAGCUGGAGUCCUCGCAGGAGAAGGUGGCCACCCUGACGUCCCAGCUGUCUGCUAACGCCAACCUGGUGGCAGCUUUUGAGCAGAGCCUGGUGAGCAUGACCUCCCGCCUGCGGCACCUGGCUGAGACUGCCGAGGAGAAGGACACGGAGCUGCUGGACCUGCGGGAGACCAUCGACUUCCUGAAGAAGAAGAACUCGGAGGCCCAAGCUGUGAUCCAGGGUGCUCUGAACGGCACCGAAGUUGCGCCCAAAGAGCUGCGCAUCAAGCGGCAGAACUCCUCCGACAGCAUCUCCAGCCUCAACAGCAUCACCAGCCACUCCAGCAUCGGCAGCAGCAAGGACGCAGACGCCAAGAAGAAGAAGAAGAAGAGCUGGCUGCGAAGCUCCUUCAACAAAGCCUUCAGCAUCAAGAAGGGGCCCAAGUCAGCCUCGUCCUACUCGGACAUCGAGGAGAUCGCCACGCCGGACUCGUCUGCCCCAUCCUCCCCCAAGCUGCAGCACGGCUCCACGGAGACCGCCUCGCCCUCCAUCAAGUCCUCCACGUCCUCCUCCGUGGGCAUCGACACGGCUGAGCUCUUCCAGGCCCACAGCGAGGGCGAGCCGGAGAAGAAGGAGGUGUCGGAGCUGCGCUCGGAGCUGUGGGAGAAGGAGAUGAAGCUGACGGACAUCCGCUUGGAGGCCCUCAACUCGGCCCACCAGCUGGAGCAGCUGCGGGAGACCAUGCACAACAUGCAGCUGGAGGUGGAUCUCCUGAAGGCCGAGAACGACCGGCUCAAAGUGGCUCCGGGGCCCUCGGCGGUGCCGGGAUCCCUCCCCGGCCACGUCACGAGCACUUCGGCCUCCUCUUCGCCGCGGCGCUCGCUGGGCCUCGCCCUCGGCCAUGCCUUCAGCCCCAGCCUGGCGGACACAGAUGUGUCCCCCAUGGACGCCGUCAGUGCCGGCACCCAGAAGGACGAGCUGACGCUGAGGAUCGUGGUGCGCAUGCCGCCCCAGCACAUCAUCAAGGGGGACCUCAAGCAGCAGGAGUUCUUCCUGGGCUGGACCAAGGUGAGCGGGAAGGUGGACUGGAAGAUGCUGGAUGAGGCCGUCUGCCAGGUCUUCAAGGAUUACAUCACCAAGAUGGAUCCUGCCUCCACGCUGGGGCUCAGCACCGAGUCCGUCUACGGCUACAGCAUCAGCCACAUCAAGCGGGUCCUGGACACGGAGCCACCAGAGCUGCCGCUGUGCCGCCGGGGCAUGACCAGCAUCGUGGUGACGCUCAAAGGCCUGAAGGAGAAGUGCGUGGACAGCCUGGUGUUCGAGACGCUCAUCCCCAAGCCCAUGAUGCAGCAUUACAUCAGCCUCCUGCUGAAGCACCGGCGGCUCAUCCUCUCGGGACCCAGCGGCACGGGCAAGACCUACCUGACCAACCGCCUGGCCGAGUACCUGGUGGAGCGCUCGGGCCGGGACGUCACCGAGGGCAUCGUCAGCACCUUCAACAUGCACCAGCAGUCCUGCAAGGACCUGCAGCUGUACCUCUCCAACCUGGCCAACCAGAUCGACCGCGAGACGGGCACGGCGGACGUGCCGCUGGUGAUCCUCCUGGACGACCUCAGCGAGGCGGGCUCCAUCAGCGAGCUCGUCAACGGCGCGCUCACCUGCAAGUACCACAAAUGCCCCUACAUCAUCGGGACCACCAACCAGCCCGUGAAGAUGACUCCAAACCAUGGCCUCCACCUCAGCUUUAGGAUGCUGACCUUCUCCAACAACGUGGAGCCGGCCAACGGCUUCCUGGUGCGCUACCUGCGGCGGAAGCUGCUGGAGUCGGACACGGACGUCAACGCCAACAAGGAGGAGCUGCUGCGCGUGCUGGACUGGGUGCCCAAGCUCUGGUACCACUUGCACACCUUCCUGGAGAAACACAGCACCUCCGACUUCCUCAUCGGUCCCUGCUUCUUCCUGUCCUGCCCCAUCGGGAUCGAGGAUUUCCGGACUUGGUUCAUCGACCUGUGGAAUAAUUCCAUCAUCCCCUACCUGCAGGAGGGAGCGAAAGAUGGGCUCAAGGUCCACGGGCAGAAGGCGGCCUGGGAGGACCCCGUGGAGUGGGUGCGGGACACCCUGCCCUGGCCGUCAGCGCAGCAGGACCAGUCCAAGCUGUACCACCUGCCCCCGCCCACCAUCGGGCCCCACAGCACCGUGUCCCCUCCCGAGGAGCGCAGCGCCAAGGACACGACGCCCAGCUCCCUGGACGCGGACCCCCUGAUGGCCAUGCUGCUGAAGCUCCAGGAAGCCGCCAACUACAUCGAGUCCCCGGACCGUGAGACCAUGGUGGAUCCCGACCUGCAGUCGACUCUGUGAGGCACGGACAUGCCGGCCCAGGCGCAGGGGAGCCGCCGCCAGCCGCCGGGGCUGCUCUCCUUCUCCUCUGGUAGCCUGGAGCGCGGGGCUGGGGCUGGCGAGCGAGCGGAGAGGACUUGGGGCUGCUCCGCGCAUCCUUCGCGGAGCGUGGGGGAAGCUCGGCUCACCCCGCGGCAGAGCGCGAGGCGCCGUUCCCCCUCCCCACGCCGGGGGGGUAGGAGAAAUCCUGGUUUCUCUUCUUGGUUUUUCUGUCUCUUGCAAAACUCUCGGGCUUCGGGGGCCGGGCUGUGAGCGCUGGGACCGAGCCCCCGCUCCGCCGAGCCGCAGGAAGGCCCCUGCGUGGGGCAGGGACCCCGCGGGAGCCACCUGGGCCGGAGCUGGGGCGCGUCCCCCCUCUGUCCCUCUGUCCCUCUGCCAGGGCAGGCACCGAGGGACUGCUGCCGGGGGGGCAGCGCCCGCCUCGCUCUGAGCGAGGGGCAGCACGGAUCCCCCGCUACCUUUGUACGUUCCCUGUUUAACCUGCAUGGCAGCCGCUGCGACCCGGACAGCCCAAUAAACCCUGCUUCGGUUAUUUUAUUUUAUUCCCCCCCCUCCCCUCCCUCCUUCCCUUUUUCUUUGGCCGAGUCCAGACUUCGCUUUGGUCCCUUUUUUUGUUCUUGGUCUGCUUUUCUCUCUCCCGCCCCGUGGCCCCUCGCUUCCCCGCGAGCAGCUCCCCUUCCUUUGCCUUUCUUUUGCAGCCGUCGCUUCCACCACUCCAACCACCUCCGUUACAAAACUGGUGCUCACUGGACAACCUCCAGUCCCUCAAUCCACCUCCUGCAGCCUCGCAGCUGGGCUGGGCCGGGACCUGGCAGCGGGAUGCUCCCGGAGCACCCCCUUGCCUGGCAGCCCCCCUCCCCAAAAGCACAAGGCAGAGUCUGGCCCUCAGGACGAGGUCUCCCACCCCGCUGGGGUGCUAAGGGACAUCCCCUCCCCUGCACCCAGGGUGCCAGGCUGUGCCCAGGGUUGUCCCCAUGCCCCUUGAUCCCCUCCCAGGCCCUCUUGGGGUUUGGUGGCCCCCAGGUGCCAGCCUGUGCCCUUGGCCCUGGCAACGCCUGGCCGUACCCCACACUGGUGCUCUGGGGACACCCAGCUGGGGCCACGUCCUCUUGGCCCCGAGGUGCAAUGUCACGCUGCCUUAAUCCUUGUGCCGUGUGGGAAGGGGGCACGCAGGGCUGGGGCUGGCACGGUCCCGCCUGCCCCGGGGGUGGUGUCCUCUCACUGUGUCCCUAAAGCCAGCCGGGCCGGGACAGGACCGUGGCACUGGGGUGAGCCCAGCCCCGUUGGGGCCGCUGGCUUCACGCCCUGUGCUUGCACAUCCCUGAGGAUGCUCCAGGGCUGCUGCUGCCUCUGCCCCCCGCUGGGCUCCUCAUCCCCGCGGUCCCCCCACCGGACCAAGGGGAGCGCAACCCCUGGGCCCCCUCUCCUCGGACCCCUUUUGGGGAGAGGAACCCCCGGGGCUGCUCCAUCCACCUUGUCCUGCUCCCGGCCCCUCUUUGCGCGUGGUUUUUGGGGACACCUCGCCACCCUGCCAGGCGGGCAUCUCCCCCCAGGCCCUCCUGGUCCCUCCUGCCGCUCGCCCUUGGUGCUCUCUCGCCCGGCGCGCCUCGCCUCGCCGCCCCGUUGCCUCCCGGCCGCGGCGCCCGCGCCCCUUGGUGCUCACUUCUCCGUCUGUCCCACAGCCUCCCCGCCCCGCACAGGGCUGUCCCCUUCCCCACGCUGGCUUGGACGCUAGGGCUUUUUUUCGUUUUGCCUUCUCUUGUGUUGCCGCCGUCGGCUGAGGACUCGCUGUAAAUAGAUCUGUAGUCGAACGCCCUGCGGGAGUUGGUGGGGCCCGGCCCUGCGCCUCUUUCCAUUUUUUUCUUUUCUUUUUUUCUUUUUUUUUUUUGUACUCUGUGAUAACUGUGCUGUGCUGACUUCUUUUUCUGAUUGUACAAGACCCCGGCUCAGCAGUCGCUCGAGGCCGGCGCUGGGGACCCGUGCUCCCCUCUGGCCCCGCUCGCCCUCCUCGGGGCUCUGGUGCCCGAGGCAGGGCACGAAGCACCUUUGGGUGCCCUCCUGGGUGCCCUGAGGAGCCCCGUGGGGUAAGGGGUCGAUGCGUCCCCCCUGCUUUCCACGGGCUGUCUUUCCUGACCCCCACAGAGCCACCAAAAUGUCAAACCGACCGUCCCCAUCACCGGCUCACCCGGGGCCCUACACCUGGGUGCCCCCAGCCCCUUUCCCAUGCGUUUGUCCCAUCUUUCCCCGCCUGGGACUGCCCCAAAACCUCAGCCACCGUGCGCUGGGGCGAGGGACAAACCCCGGUGUACAGCAGGAGGAAUCCCAAGCCCUGCAUCAGCCCCGUUCAGUAAUGGGAUGGGCGAUGCCCCGAGGAUGGGAUGUGGUGGGGGGGCUUCUCUGGGGCUCCCCAGAGGAAGGGGACAGACCCCGAUGGCUCCUCCUGGCUCACACCGCGCACCCCCCGGCCCCAAGCGUGGCAGCCAUCGGGGGCGCCGGGGACUGAGUGUCCCCCAGGGCUGCUGGUGCCUGGCCCAAUGGGGCCAACGAUUGCACUGAGGUGUCCCCCGGAGCCCCAGGGGUGUCUGUCACCCCCAAAGGUGCCUGUUGUCCCUCAGGGUGCCCAGGGUGCCCGUCACCCCAAGGUACCCGCGGCCCCUCGGAGCGCCAGGAGCCCUCCCGAGGGGCUGGGGCUGGCGGCUGCCAGCGCCUCCCCCUCCUGCCCCUCCUCGAGCUGCUGCUGCCCGGUGGCCUGAACCUUACAAUUUUAGCUUUUUUCUAUCAAAAAAAAAAAAAAAAGAAAAAAGAGAAAAAAACAAAACGACAACCUUUUUUUAAUUAAAUAAAAGAUGACAAUGGACAAAUUCCUGUUUUAGAUGAUCUGUGUAAUUGACUGGGUUUUGUGUUUCUUAACUGCAUGGUAUUCCUGCCGAGGGGUUUUAUAGCACUUUUUAAAUUUCUCUUUAAGAUUUUGGUCCGGAUUUCUACUGCUCUCGCCUGUCUGUCUUUGCUUUUUUCCUUGCCUCUUCGAAGUUUGUAAACUCGCUCCAUUUUAUACCUGAUGUUGGAACCCAACCCUCCGUUGUACAUAGCUGCGGGAACAAUCAGAGGGAACAAACACCAUCUGGACUCUUUCCACCACGCGUCGUUUUUACUUAAAAGAAAUUUUCAAGUCUAAAAGGAAGCCAGGAAAAGGCUUGAGGAUCUCACGAAGGACAGAAAACAAAUCCAGCCCUGCACCAAGUCAGCUCCUGCUGCCCACGCUGCCCGCACCACCCGGCAUGUCUCUUCUCGGUCGUCUGUCUAACUCCAUUGGAUUCAAUAAAGUUAUCUCCUGUACCCGG